AUGAUUUCUAAUAACUUCUUUUUCAUUACGUCCAUUUUUUUUGUCCUUCUAACAUUGGAACCUAACAACGCUUGCUUCAUCAGAAACUGUCCCAUUGGCGGGAAAAAAAGAUCUUAUGAAGAUGAUGGGACGAACUUCCGACAGUGCCCGCCAUGCGGUACUUCAGGGCCAGAAAACAACCUUCAAGGGAUAUGCGUAUCAGAAAACCUCUGCUGCAUAGACAAUAUUGGCUGCUUCAGAAACAGGAGCUUAACUGCUGAUUGCAAGGUUGAAAAUAUGAUACCCUCUCCAUGUGUCUUAAUUGGAAAGAAAUGUGGAAAAUACGAUGGCGUUUGUGCAGCUAAAGGAGUGUGCUGCAAUAAUAACGGUUAG